CGAGACCGUCUCCCCGGCGACUGCUAAAAUUGGUGAAAGGAGAAUAGCAGUGCUAAAGGGGGCGGGAAAUCAAGGAACUGAAAGGCCGACCGAUUUUAGAUUUGAGCGCCAGCCAACACGGCCCGCCUUCAAGAAGGUGGGGAAUUUAUCCGACCGGAAAUAAGGGCCGCCCCACACUAGGUGGAAAGCGGAAGUUAUGUUUGCCCCGCAAUGAGUCCGUCCGGAAUUGGAUCCGGGGAGAGAGGGAAAGGGGGAGUGUGUGUGUGUGUGCGCUUCGUAUGGUGUCCGGAAGGAAACGUUAACAGCGGGGAGAGGUCGGCGGGCGAGAACGACAGCGAAAGAAGUCCAAAAUGAGCGUGCGAUUGACGAGAAGCGCCAACUCCCGACCCAAGGACAUAAAAGGAUCCUCCAGAGUGAAGAGUUAUGCUGGAAUAGUAGUGACAACCCGUUCUCCAAUAAAGAGCCAGAGAAAAAGAAACUAUGAUUCUGAUUAUGGAAUUGAUACAGGAGCACGAGAACCUCCAAAGAAAUCUCCUAAAGCUACUGUACUAGGACGUGGAUCAGGUUCAGAAGUACCAGAAUCUCAUAAGAAAUCUCAUAAAGGUCGGGUCUCUGCUCCGAGACGGUCCCAAGAAAAUCCUGUAAAAAGGGAUCUAGAGUUACGGUCUAGUACAGAACCAGAAGAGAUGGACUAUUCUUCUGAGACCAACCAAGCAUCUCCAGAUGGGAACCAAUCUGAAGAUACAGUGUUGCCUCAGAAUUCUGCAGAUGAAGAUAUGGAUUCAGACUCGGAGGUGGAAGUUGACGGGUUGCAAGAUACCACAACAGUGUCAACACUUCAGACAUUUUCUGAGCCAUUUCCUUCAACUGGCAAUACGCAAAAAAUACCUGACAGACAGACAUCACUAUAUUUACGCCAAGCCCAAGAUAAGCCCAGAUCUCCUGCAUCUUGUCAUACAGUUGGCCCUCACCAAGCCACAAGUAAGACAGAAUACCAAGCCUACACUGAUGUACAACGUAGUGCACAAUCUACCAGGUGGAGAGCAGCAGCUGACCUUCAAGCCACAAGCUACGGGGAAUGCCAGAACUAUAUUGAUGUACAACAUUGUGCACAAUCUACCAGGUUGAGACCAAUAGCUGAUACUUACCAGCCCACCAACUACAGGAAACCACAAUACCACACCGAUUCAGUACGAACUCCACAGUUCAUUAGGCCAAGUGCAGAAGAAACCAAGUCCUCCUCCUGGCAAGUUCUAUUUGCACUAAUGGGAUUGGUUGCGGUCUUGAGCAUCUGUGUAUUUUAUCUUUGGGUAUGCAAGAAGCCUGAUCACCUAAUGCUGAGACCGGAACUCUUUCUAGCCAAGUGGAAAGAGAUGAAGACCAAGUUUCCAAAUCAGCAAGACGAAUUGUGGAAACGGAGCAGUAUUUUGUUGAAGAAACAUGUGGGUGAGGAAAUGCCCACUCAGCCUGUUAUUCUCAUGUUUACUGCCGCACAGGAUGCAAAGAGAACCAUGCAAUGCCUCACUCGCAGGAUAGCUGAGGUGUACGCAUCUGCUUUCAAUUCAAGUGUACUAGAAAUCAAUGGAUCAGAUCAGAAAUCACCGGAUAGCGAUGCACUGAAGCUGAAACUUGACAACCAACUGACAGCCGGGUUCACGGAAGGGAGGAAGGCCGCUGUAAUACAUCACUUCCAGGAUCUCCCACCCUCUUCUACCUUUCUGUUCUACAAGUACUGUGAUCAUGAAAAUGCUGCAUUCAAGGAUGUCUCCAUUUUGAUCACAGUCUUGCUGGAUGAGCCAAAGUUGAAGCUGGACUUGUCCCUCAAAAACAUGGAGGAAAUGGUCCAUGACUUUGUCAAGAAGAAAUUCUGCUCCGAUAAACUGCAUAUGGAUACUGAUAAACUGAGUGGGCUAUGGAGCCGCAUUUCCCAUCUGGUGCUCCCAGUCAGUCCGGAGAGAGAGAUUGAAACUGGAGACUGCCCUCCAUGAAGUUAUCUGAAUGGCAUGCCCUGAAUAGAGUUUAAAAUUGCAAAUGAAACAUUGAUGUUCACUGUACUUUAUGUGAAAGACCACCUGUUACUGGAAUCUCAAAAUCCAGCUGAUUCUUUUUGACUGCUUGUUAAAAUAAUUGUUCAAAUUACUUACUGUGAAAUAUAUAUUUUUAAGUGUCUGGUUGAGUAUUUUUCUGAACCUCAAUGUGAUGCUUUCUGGGCUAGGGAAGCUCAAAUCAGUUUUUAAAACAAGCCUAUCUUUUUUGCUAUUAAAAAUUUGUACAAUUUAUUUUUUUCUCCACUGAGAUACUGUGCGCUUUGGAAGAUUGUCUUAUCUGCAAGACCCUCUCUCUCACCAAAGGAGGAAGCUGGAAAAUGGUCUGUGCAAGGAUCCUAUGUUUGUGCAGCACAUCACUUCACGAUCUCCACUUGCUGUUGCUGGGAACUGCCACUUCAAGCCCAAGAGUCAAGACAUAGCAUUGUUGGACUGGCCAUUUGCUUGGUCACUGGUGUAUACUCAUCCACUGGCAGAGGAACACUGUGGGUCAAAGGCAAGAUCUCAUCAAUCCUCUAGCCUGCAGUGAUCUCAAGCUCCAGACUGUGAUUUAGAGAAUGGAAUUCAGAAAUAACUUGGAUACUGGAAACAGUGUGUUCAAGUCCAUCCAAAACAUUUGGACAUUCUUGGUGAUUUCCAUUUGACAAACCCACAUUUCAUAUUUUAAUGUUACAAAGAUUAACUCCACUCAAAAUAUUAAGGUAUAAAUUGAAAUUGUAUUUAUUUCUUAAAUGGUUUUAUAUUGUCUAUUUCACCAAGUGCUAAAAAAAUUACAAUAAACUGUUUUUUUUAUUUAGAAAGC